CCGGGGAGGACGAGGCGGGGCCGGGACGCGCUCGCAGGUUGACUUGCCCGCGCCCGGUGUCCAGCUGCACCGCUCCACAGAAACCAGUGUUCUUCCUUCCCCUGCCUCGCCUCGCCUUCCUGCUCCUCUGUGGGACACAGUGGGGAUGGCGACAGCAAUCCUGGCUCAGCUCUGGGAGGCCUUUGAGGAUGUGGCACUAUACUUCACCCGUAAGGAAUGGGAGCAGCUGCAAGAUGGAGACAAGAUGCUUUACCGAGACCAGAUGCUGAGGAAUUACCAAGCUCUUGUUUCCUUGGGAUAUCAAGGUCCCACACCAGACUUAAUUGGCCGCAUUCAGCAAGGGGAUGUGGAGCUCUGGGUCUAUGAUGAUGAGGAACCUGGAGAAUGUAUAUGUUCUAAGGGCCUGUCUCCAGCACAUACUGGGAUGGUGAACAGAGCUGACCAGUGGCCUCCUGGGGAAGAUCCUGCAAAUCUGGAGGUGGUUUCAACCAGGAACCAGCUACCUAUGCCAUGGGAACAGAGAGCAGCUGAGUUCCAAAAGAGUCUGACAUGUAGGGAAGGAUUCAAGAGACAGAGAGUCUCCAGGAGCUAUGAGAGCAGGACUUGCAGAGGGGAGGUGUUGUAUAUAUGUGGAGAGUGUGGUGAGAGCUUUGGGGACCAACAGGAGCUCAGGGCGCAUCGGGAGACCCACAAGAGGGAGACAGUCCACCCCUGCACAGAGUGUGGGAAGAGCUUCCGUUAUAAAUCCUGUCUCAUCAAGCACCAGAGAAUGCACUCGGGGGAGGGCCCCCACCUCUGCCUCCAUUGUGGGAAGAGCUUCAUCCAGCUGUCCUGCUUCCAAGUGCACUGUCAUAUGCACUCUGGGGAAAAGAUGUACCCAUGUACCAGUUGCGGGAAGCGCUUCAACAACCCAUCCCACCUCCAAGUACACCAGCGUAUCCACACUGGGGAGAAGCCGUACCGCUGUGGCGACUGUGGGAGGAGCUUCACACAGAGCUCUGCUCUCACCACACACCAGCGCGUCCACACUGGGGAGAAGCCAUAUCGUUGCCCCGAGUGUGGAAAAAGCUUCCGGCAGAGCUCUGCUCUAGCCCAGCACCAGUAUGUCCACACCGGAGAGAAGCCCUACUGCUGCCCUGAGUGUGGGAAAAGCUUCAACCACCCAUCCCACCUGCGAGUCCACCGGCGCCUCCACACGGGGGAGAAACCACACCUCUGCCCUGCAUGUGGGAGGAGUUUCAGUGAUCCAUCCUAUCUCCGAGUCCACCUUCGCACGCACACAGGGGAGAAACCCUACCACUGCCCUGAGUGUGGAAAGAGCUUUGCCCGCCCAGAUCUCCUCCGUGUCCACGUGCUCACACACACAGGGAAGAAGCCAUAUAGCUGUGCCCAGUGUGGAAAAAGCUUCACCCGCCCAGCCUUCCUCCGAGCCCACUUGCAUGUCCACAGUGGAGAGAAGCCAUACCGGUGUGCCGAGUGUGGGAAGAGCUUCCAUGAUCCAUCUCACCUCCGGCUCCACGGGCGCAUACACACAGGGGAGAAACCAUAUCACUGUGUAGAGUGUGGGAAGAGCUUCAACAGCCCGUCCCACCUCCGUGUCCACCAGUACGUUCACACUGGGGAGAAGCCAUACAGCUGUGCUGAGUGUGGGAAGAACUUUGGCAGCCCGUCCUAUCUCCGUGUCCACCAGCGCAUCCACACAGGAGAGAAGCCAUGCCACUGUGCCAAAUGUGGGAUGAGCUUCAGGGAUCACUCAGCUCUCAACAAGCACCAGCGAACCCACAGACCAGACCCUGCCCUUCGACAGGGGCCAGUUUCUGCCAGCUCUUGCCUCAUCCUCUUCCCCACAGCCUGUGCCCUGAACUGGGGGUGGGAGAAAUGUCCUGAAAUGUCCCCCACCUCCCCAUUCACCAGACACUGGGUUUCCAUGGCCCUGGGCACAGGGAUGUUCUCUCAGAAAUGGAAGACCCAAUAGUGGGGUUAAUGGGCUGAAGCUGGGAUACAGGAGAUGACUGGGCUCAAGGAUACACUUCAGGAGCUCUGGUUUCUCCCAGUUCUGUUAUCCAUAUUGCAAGAUCCAAGGACCCUUCUUCAAGUCCCACUACUGCAGGGUUGAGGAAGAGGAGGAACAAGACAGACUUUAUUCACUUUCAUUUGGCUGAUCAAGCCACUAUUCUUCAAGUUGUGUCCAUAGUAAUGCUAUGGUCCUUUUCACUGUGUAGUAGUCCUUCUCUCAGUGGUCUGUUACUGUGUGUAAUGCCGUGCUGUAUUCUUGUGGAAGGAUCUCAGGUGGGCACCAUAGGAUUAAAGUGCAGGUGAUCUUUCUUACCCAAUUUAAUUUCACUGCAAGAUAGAUUAAGGGGGAGGUGGGGGUAAGGCUGCAUUGAGGCUGAAGUAAGAGAAGGAGAAAACUUUGCCACAGUAACUGUUCUGCCAGAGCGUGAGAAUCUCUCCAGCAAACACCAUCCCAGGAGCCAACUGCAAAGAGCAUGGAGCCAUUCAGAUAGUAGCAUUCACAGCCCACACAUCUCUUUCCCCCUCCCCACCCCAAAAGGUUCAAGGUGAUGUAGUUCUCCCAACAGACUCAGGUGCCCACUUUGUGGGGGAGGGGGACAUGAACAUGAAUAAGAGCCAUUGCCACUGGUGUAUUUGGGAUUAUUGCUGGUUUUGUAGACAUAAUUAUGGUAGUCUGGGAAGGUUUUGCAUAUCGUCAUUUGUAGGGUGCCAUCCGAAAUAUGAACUGAGAUUAUCUAGAAAGUUAGUGUAAAAAUAUUCCGGUGAAAGUUUGAUCAAGGGGUGUUACUUGUUGAACCUAUAGUGGAAGUCAGUGAGUCCAACUGUUCAAUUCAGGUGAUGAAAAUCAUGUUUACCUGGUUAGAAUGCAGGUUUGAUAGUUGAAAAUGAAGCUGCUCUGGGUAAUGAUUAAAUGGACAUGAUGUUGCAGAUCUAACUGUAGUCUGUUUUCUUGUAGAUACUUCAGGCAGGCAGCUCUGUGUCUUCAUGGUGUGGGAUGUUAGUGUACAGGGUGCUGACAUCCAUGGGUGCAAGUAUGGCCAGGAAGGUAGUUGAUAAUCUCAGUUUUGUUGAGGAAGUCUGUUGUCUUGCAGAAAACAUGGUCUUUGGGUGACAAGUGGUUUUAGGAUAGUUUCUGUGAACCCGGCUACUCUUCAGUGAGGGUACAACGGUUGGAUCAUAUAAUGAUCUACCAGAGUCGUCUUAUUCAUGGAUCUUUAGGAGUAUAUAGAAAGCUCGUGGAGUGGGGGAUAAGUGGAAGCAGUUUUUCCUUAAACUGGUAUGGAAAGGUUUUAAUAAUACUUUCCAGUUCCAGAGUAAAUACUGGUGGGAGAACCUCCUGAAGUUCUUCAUAGUAGCUGGUGUUACAGCUCUUUUGUCCAAUGGUUUGAUUUACUAUUUCAGUGAUGGAUCUUAGGAACUGUAUAACCUCUGAGAGAGAGAGGUUAUCAUUGCCCUGGCUUUUCUUCAGAAUUUGCUGUUAGCUUUCUUCCUGAAACAGUCAAUUAAAUUGUCCAGCAUGUGAUUCUCUCUGCUGGGAAGUGUCUAAUCCAAUGUGAUGUUAUUGUUGUUGUUUGUUUUUAUCUGUUGUGGCAAGAAGGUUUUCAGAGGUGGUUCUGUCCUAGUCGUGGAAUUAUUUUCAGGCAAAGUCUGCAGAACAAUUCUUCUAAUUCUCCAGAUAUUAGUAUCUUGUCAAGUUGUUCCUUUGGGCAGAAGUUCAAGGCCUUUGAAGAGCACAGGUAUUUCCAAGUGAGAUGAGGAGGGUGUUAAUGAUGUAGGUGUUCUAGGUGACACUGUUUUGAUUCUUCCCUGCAUUGCUGGUGUGCUGCCUAUAAGGGCUUGUUCUGUGGUAGCCAGUUCCCCUUUUUUCUUAUGCUAGGUGGCUGUCAUCAGGUAUUUUUGGUGGUACAUUUGGGUCUGCUGUACAGUAAUCAUUUAUGUCUCUAGAUUGAUCUCUCUUAAGUAGCAUAAGUAAGUAUUGUUACCAGACUUAAUGUUAGACUUCAUAAGAAAUCCUAAAAUGCUUAGACAGCAAUAGUUUGUUCUCUGAAGAGAGUUUGAGCACAGCGAUUUGCAAUUUCAAGCAUGCAACAAACAACAGAAAAAAUCUCCCUAAGCUAAGAUACAGCCCAAUAAGACACAGUAACAACAUACAGCUCAGCCUAACUUCAAAUGUAACAUAAGCCAAAAAGACAACAGAAAGCCUUGCAUAGAUCUUAUGUAAUCCUGAGGGAAGAACAUCCCCUUGCAGCCAGGUAUUUGGAUGGUCUUUCUGGGAAUCUGCAGACCUGGGCAGGUGAGGAAGAGAUCCCACAGACCUCAUCUUUACCUGGGUUCUUAUAGGUGAUCUGUGCCACCUCCUCUCCUUUUAGUGCCUUGACAAUAGCAUGCUUCUUGCAUCUGCCAUGUACCACAUACCGCUCAUGACUCGCAUGUUCAGUGUCUUUGUCACUUCUCAGGUAUUCCAGUCUCUCACCUCUUAAAGGUUCCACUUUGAAAUGUAAAUGUAGCUGCCUGCGUGUAGCUUAAGAAUCAGUAAAAAGGUUUGCAAUCAUUAUGAUUGUGCCAGGCCUUUGCUAACAUAUCCUGUUUUAAGUUUAUCCCUUUUAGAGUAGGUUAGGUGAAUAAGAUGGUUUCUCAGUUUUUCUGUGCAGGAGAACCUCAGUUGUGUUGCAUAUAUGGUGUUGUGAGUGUUAGGUAAAAGUUGCAGAUGAGUCUCCUUGGAAUGAUGUUAGGUUUUGUGUACAAGCUUAAGAAAAUGUCAUGCACUCUGCCUUCUCUUUUCUUCAGGUUUUGGAUUUUCUAUGUGAGCAGCAGAUUUCUAUAUCUUCCAUGUUAUGGUAGUAUUUAAGUGAUAAUGUAGCCAUAAUGGUUGAGAAAUUAUGUGAAAGGCAAGGAUUUUUGUGGGUGGUAUCUUCUAUUGGACCAGCUGCAUGGUUGAGCUUUCCUCCCAGACCUGACAAAGAAUGCCUUGUGUUCAAAAGCGUGUCCCAAGUCAUUAGGGAAGACUUUAUCACUGCCUGCCACCUCUUGCCUCCUGGGAUUGCUGCUUGACAUAACUGCUGCUCCAUCACUUAGUGGUCAUGCCACCCCACUGCUCCACAGCCUGGACCAGUGUGGAGGUCAUGUCACCUGCUGCUGUCACCGAUACCACAACUUUGGGGAUUGCAACCUCAGGUUUGCCAACACUGCUGCUGCUCUGGGGAGCACCACUGGACUUGUCUUCAGAUUCAUAGGAUCACCACUAGGUUAGCUGCCCUGUGGCCACCACGGCUGUCACUGCAUCACACGGGAGUUCUAUUUUUGGGACCACUGCUGCCAACCUGUAGAGCAAUGCUAAGAUGCAGCCUUUUGAAAUCACUGCUCUGCUGCUUGCUUUGAGGAGUGCUGCAUGGGGUUGUCACUUUUGCUGCUCACCACUCUGGGUUGUAGUCUGCUGUUGCUUUGUAAGUGCUUCUGGGAUCUCUAGCUGCUGGUACAGAGAGCACCCCUUCUGAGAUGUUAGCUCUUGGUCUCAGUGCCACAGCUCAGUUGACUAUUACUAUUGAAGGUCUUAACCAGCCUCAGUAAGAAUGCCUUCAAAGGGGGACUCCACAGUACAGUCUCCUUGGACUCUCUCCCUUUAAAAAAAAAAAUCGCGUGUUGUUGGACUCAACUCAGGGUAUAGUGUGUUCUGACAUCCCCAUGAUUCCUGUGCAGCUGAGAUCAGGAUACACACAUGCUGACUGACCCUGAGAUCAGGAUUCCCUUUGUACAAAUCCCACAUGAGAAACCUGCUAGGGAGCCCACUAGAAGAUGUGCCAGUGCUUGGGAGGAGCUGGGAGAAAUGUGUAGGUGCCUGGGUGAUAAGAACCUUGUGGGAAUUGGGUGCCUGGAUGUGCCCAGUUAAAAACUGAACUGGCCUUUUAAGAUGGUGGAAACUCUGCUGCAUGUAUUCUGGGUGCAGAGAAUGAGUGGUGAGGGGGUGGGAAGGAUCAGUGAUUGGGGGAGAUAAAAGGGCAGCCUGAGGCCAGACAAAGGGCCAGGGGUGUUGGGAUUAGGGGUUAGGGGUGGGUUGGAAUUGGUGGGUGGGCAUGGAUGUGGAUGUUGGGGUUGAGGGGGGUGGAGUAGAGGUUGGGGUUGCAAUAAAGGGGUUAGGAGUUAAGUGUUAGGAUUAGGGUUUCCUCCUGAAUAUUUGGGACCAAUAUAGAAUAUUUAGAUAUUGUAUCCUUUUUAUUAAGUUUAUAGAUACCGACAACUUAAUUUUUGCAGUAAUUGCCUAAUUUUCUUCGUGUGUAUGCAUAUACUCUCCAUCUUUGGUGAAUGAACAAAAUCAAAUCUAAGUGUCUUACCAGGACCAGCCACUGGCUGUCACUGCUGCUCCUGGCUGAGUGAGCAGCCCUUUGCAGUACCUGAACCACUGGAUGUUACUACUGCUCCAUGUAGGGAUUAAAAUGCAGCCUUUGCUGGCCUCUAAGCGGACCUCAGGUGUCACUGCUGCCCCACAUGGAGGCAAGGAUGUAAUUUACUCUGCCUAGUCCAACUUGAAGUGGUGCAAUCACUAGGAAAAACUUGUUUAUUUAUUAAUUUGCAAUAAAGGGACUGAACACCAAGGUCAAA